AUGAACGCCUCGUUGACGGCCCCCCUUCCUCUGAACUCGAUCUUUGACAACCCGGUGGUUACGGAAUUCGAGGACUCGAUGGGCCUCGCCUUGUUGGAUCCCUCCCAUAUCAACUCUCUCCUCGAGUUCUACUUCGCCCACUCACAUACUCUCUAUCCCUUUAUUCGAAAGAGUGAAUUCGAAGCGGUACUCUGGAGGGUAUACGGUGACCCACUUGAUCCCCUGGCCCAGUCGCCUCUAUGGCAGUUCCGAAUUUGGAUGGUUCUCGCGAUUGGCUCCACCACUUAUUGCUCUGUAUCUUUGAUGGACGAGACAGAGCCUUUACAACUCUUUAACAAGGCUAUGACCUACUUUGAACCUGCAAUGGGAUGUGGGGACUUGGCUGGCUUAGAGGUAUUAAUGCUGCAGGUUUCAUAUUCGUUCUUCAACAAAAUCGGACCCAAUACUUGGUUCCUGGUAGGGGUAGCGGCUCGCAUGGCGACAGGCAUGGGGCUCCACACAUCAGACGUGUACCAGACCCUGGCGGUAGAUGUCGCCGAAGAGCAGAAGCGACUUUUCUUUUCUUUAUACAUGAUGGACCGUGUCGUGUCGUUGGCUCUGGGACGACCGUUUGCCAUUCAAGACGAUGAUAUUACAGUCGAGCCAUUCGCCGACGCCGACGACGCAAAUAUCCAACCUGAUGGCAUCGUCGCAGCAUCGACACUGGAGGCGUCCACAAUGGCCGUCCCCCUGCACAUUCUAGCACUUCGGAGAAUUGCGAGUGAUAUCGGCAGUCAAGUCCAUUCAUCAAAUUACAGCCAGCGACAAAGCCCCGAGGCUCGAGAGGAAACCAUCCAAAAGCUCCACCGAAGACUCAUCGAAUGGCGCCGCAGCAUGCCAUUCCCACUACCCGAUCUCCAAUCAAAGGUGCCCCAUUUAUGUACGAGCUGGUUCGAUCUAAAUUAUUAUACCCAUGUUAUCAUGCUGUAUCGCCCUUCACCACUCAGCCCGACGCUGGACGCCGCCCGAAUGAAGAUUCUUGCUGAAGCAUCAGGCAUGGCGAUUCGCCAAGCAACCAAUCUGCAUCGGCAGCGCCGGUUUGCGUAUAACUGGCUUAAUUUAGUCGCUAUAUUCAACUCUGCACUGUCACUUAUGUACACUUCUACCGCCCACAGUGAGAACCUACCCUUGGCGCUAGAUCACUCACGCGCCAUCGAUGAUCUUGAGUUGGCUGUGGAAUUAUUGGACGUCUUCAGUGGGAAGUUUCCUUCUGCAAAAAAGAUCCAAGGAAUGAUCCGGACAGUUUCAGCCAAGUUGAAAAUGUAUAACAUACCCUCCAUGGGUUUCUGA